GUGUCGGUUCCGGGCUCUCGCAGCCGACAGCCGCUCGGCUAGCAGGCAGGCAGCAGCCAUGGGGCGGCUGCGAGGAGCGGCUUGGAGCGCUGCGACGCUGCUGUUGCUGCUGCCGCUGCUGUGCGACCCCAGGGCGGCCGCCUGGAGGCCCGGAGCCCCUUUCCAUUGCAACGUGAGCCUGGACGUCGCGCCGGAGCAGCGCUGGGUGCAGGUGAUGCGCCACUUCGACCCGGCGUUCCUGCGCUCAGCCCUCGCGCAAGUCAUUGAUGCAGCUGUCCCCAAGUGGGUCCACGCUGUUAUUCGGCCUAUUGCUGAAGAAAUCGAAUUGUACAUCCCUCAACCGUUUGCUGGAGAGAUACGGGGACUGUGCCAAGCACUCGGAGUUAAUGUCGGGGAUGGGGUGCUACUCAAUAUGGCUUAUGAAUCCACUGCAUAUUGCACCAGCAUCGUUGCCCAAGAUAAUAAUGGAAACAUAUACCAUGGUCGAAAUCUGGAUUACCCUUUUGGAGAUGUUCUGCGCAAGGUUACCAUUGAUGUAGACUUCUUAAAGAAUGGGAAGGUAUUGUACCAGGGUACUACAUUUUUCGGUUACAUAGGUUUAUGGACAGGACAAAGUCCAUACAAGUUUACAAUCUCUGGGGAUGAGCGAGAUAAUGGGAAAUGGUGGGAGAACGCCAUAGCGGCUUUCUUAAAUCGAGACACACCUGUCAGCUGGCUUGUUAGGACGGUUCUGGCUGAAGCUGAAAGUUUCCAGGUUGCCGCCCGUAUGCUGGCCGAGAUACCCAUAAUCGCCGAUGUCUAUUACAUCAUUGGAGGCGCAAGGCCCAAGGAAGGCAUGGUCAUCACAAGGAGCAGAAGAAGAGCGGUUGAUAUUUGGCCCUUGGACCCUGCAUCUGGAGGGUGGUACCGAGUAGAAACAAACUACGAUCACUGGAAAUCCCCUCCACCUUUUGAUGAUCGAAGAACUCCAGCCAUCAGAGCAAUGAAUGCUACCGGACAAAAAAAUAUUAAUCUUGAGUCCCUUUACAAUAUACUGUCAAUGUAUCCUGUCUUGAACAACCGCACAAUUUACACCACUGUAAUGAGUGCUGGAGCGCCAGACAAGUACAUGACACAAAUCAGGUUCCUGGCGUGAAAAUGU